AAAAAUCCCCCCUCCCAAUAAUCCUGGACUGAAUCUUCUGGAGCCAUUCAAGCGACCUCAAAGGGGUGCAGUGGUCCGAAUACGGAUUACUCUGCGAAUAGGAUCGAGUUCUCUCACACCAAGACUCAAGAGAGAGAGAGAGAGAGAGAGAGAGAGAGAAAAACUUUCGAGGCAGGAUAGUUUCCAUUGCUAAUAUGGCGUCCACCUUCUCGAUCCCCCGUUUCCUCCUCCCGAGGUCCGGCCUCCUCUGGCGGGGGGCAAACCUCGGAAGCCCCCGGGCAGCCCGGACUAGCAUCACCACCAGCACCGAGACUUUUGCCGUCCGGUACGCGUCGUCGUCCUCGUCAAACAUCGCCAAGGAUGCCAAGGGCAAGCCCAUCGUGCUGGAGAAGCCAGCGAGGUUCAACCCGCCCUCGCACGGCGCCCGGCUGCCCAGCAAGAAGAGCCGCCCGCAGCAGCACUACGGCGGCGACCUGUCCGCCGACGAUGCUGCUGCCCAGAGGAGGAGGGAUUACCCAGGGAUGAUGGCCCCGCAGGGCACCUGGGCGCACUGGUUCUGGGGUAGCAGGUGGCUGCACCUCUGCAUCACGACGGGCACCCUUUUCAGCCUGGCUGUGUAUACCUACUCCGAGAAUUUCAAGGCCACCUCUCCCUUUGCCGAAAUGCUCCCCUCCGGCGCCGACUUCUGGCAGCACCCCAUCAUCUCGCUUCGCACUGCGCACGAGGUCUGGAAGCUCACGACCCUGCACAACUCAGCCGUCGUUGCGGACAAGCGCAAGAAGAAGGUUGACGACGUGGCUAAGCGCUCCGAGUAUCGCAAGGCUCAUGGGCUUGAGCAGAAGGGUGGCUUUGGAAACUGGACCGCAAGGGAGGAUGAUCCGGAGAAGUUGCAAGCACCGCCGGGAAAGAGAGAGAAGUGGCUGGGGAUCUUUUGAAAACCGGUGAACUUGUGGAUUGGUGGGUAUUCCAUUGAUUUGCGGCCAAGCAGGGCCGCAGAUGCUGCUACAAGCAUCGCCCAAAGAGCACCGACCCUCUAUCGGCCUUGUGCGAGUCCUUGAGCCGUAUGUAGCAUCUGCAAGUCAACUCCUCUUCUUCUCAAAGAGUGAAGAAGACUUCAUGUCACGUCGCAAGCCUGUCGAGACUCGCGACUUGACUUAGACUAGGUGAAAUAUCUGGUCUCUGCCCCUGACCGGGCAUACCUCAUCCCAGCUCUACAGCUUUCAAUCCAUCCAAAACCUCGUCCGCAACUCCGUCCUUCUCCAAUGCCUUUGCAAUUAUGGCGCCUAUAAUGGCAACCUUGGCUCCGCCCCUGGGCGCCUUCCACACUCCCUCCAUGGGCUCCGCCUCCGCGGUCCGCACGUCGGUCUGCUGCUUUGUCUGGCCAGUCGUACCUGUAUUCGUAACGUCAGUGGCCCGUGGGACACCUGGUGGUGUCAGUCGUGACGGGGGAUCGAUCGUCCGUAUCGACAGUAGCC